AUGGCGGAGAAGGCACCGCUGUUAUCCGCAUCCGACGCGUCCGCCACCGUGCAGCCAGGCCACGUGCAACGCUAUUCCAAACGUCAAGCGAUUGGAAGGGUGUUCGCUAUCGCUGCGACAGCUUCGAUCAUACUCUAUGGACUUCCGCAGGUGGAUUAUGAGCCCACCGGCGACUACCCUGAGGAGAGCGAGCUAUGUUUGACUCCAGCCUGUGUGCAUGCCGCCUCAGAGGUUCUUUACAAUCUCUCGCCUCAGUAUAAAGAGCUUGACCCGUGCGACAACUUUGAGGAGCUUGUUUGCGGAGGAUGGAGAGAGCGUCAUGACCUGAGAGCUGACCAGGGUGAUGCCUUCACCGGGACAAUCAUGUCUGAGAACUCGCAGAUGUUGCUUCGUCAUAUUCUUGAGGCACCAUACCCGAAGGAUUCUGAGCAUUCGUAUUUCUCACCUAUGCAGCUGAUGUCGGUCGCCAAAUCUGCGGAUGAAGUGAACUUUGACAAGAUGAAGGCUGCGUACGAUGCCUGUCUUAACGAAGGCCAAAUUAAGAGCAUCGGCGCUGAACCUCUCAAGCAUGUCCUUGAAGAGAUCAAGAAGGUGUAUCCUGCCUUGACUUCAGACUCUCACUCAAUCAAGGACGCCAUUGUCCUUCUCGCAAAGUAUGGUGUCACUGGCCUCGUCUCAGCUGGCACUGGUGCCGACGAUACCGACCCAGACACUGUUGUUGUGUCGAUCAGCGCGCCGUGGAGCUUCGGCCUACCUUCCAAGGAGCGCUACGAAGACGACAAGCUUGUCGAGAAGUACCGUGGUGUGGCUGUUGAAGUAUUGAGCGCUCUCUACCCGGACCAAGACAAGGCUGUGUUUGAAGGUAUCAUCGACCUCGAGAAGAAGCUUGCGGCUGCGUCUCCCAGCGAAGAAGGCCGUGAAGACGUCACAAAGUACUACAAUCCGAUGUCGAUUGACGAAGCGGCUGCGAUCGCCCCCGAGAUUGAGCUGAAAGCGCUUCUCGCAGAGCAGGCGCCACACGGUAGCGAUAUCGAACGUGUCAUUGUUAUGACUCCGCAUUAUCUGAAGGACCUAUCAGUAAUCCUCGCAGCUACGCCUAAAGAUGUUCUCCAGAGCUACUUCGUCUGGAAAGCCGUCCAGUCCUUCUCUGCUUAUGUUGACGCGGAUGCUGUCAAGCCCUAUCGUCGCUUUGUUAAUGUGCUCUCAGGCAAGGACCCUGACUCCGCCCCUGAACGCUGGCGUACAUGCGUUAGUCACGUAGAUAGUGGCCUAGGGUGGAUCUUGAGUCGUUUCUUCGUAGAGAAGGCCUUUUCGGCUGACGCAAAGAAGUUCGGCGACACCAUCAUCACGGACAUCAAGACCGAGUUUGCCAAGAAACUGAACGCUGCAGAAUGGAUGGACAAGGAUACUACGAAGAAGGCUGUCGAGAAAGUGCACAACAUCGUCCAGAAGAUUGGAUAUCCUACCAAGAGCCCGGAUAUUAUGGACCCGCCUACGCUAGAGGAUUACUAUGAGACUGUCAACGUGUCAUCCGACGCAUUCUUCGCCAACGCGCUUGCUAUGCGCCGCUUCGCUGUCAAGGAAGAGUGGUCUGCACUUGGAAAGCCUGUUGAUCGCGACCAGUGGGACAUGACUGUCCCAACAGUAAACGCAUACUACAACCCUCCCGGUAACGAGAUCGUGUUCCCCGCUGGCAUUAUGCAGUUCCCAGUUUUCGAUGUCAACGUACCAGCUUACAUGUCGUACGGUGCUUUCGGUGCCGUUGCCGGCCACGAGCUCAGUCACGCUUUCGAUAGCACCGGACGCCAUUAUGAUCAGAACGGCAACUACACUGACUGGUGGUCAAAUGCAACGGUGGACGCUUUCAAGCAGAAGGUUGAGUGCUUUGUCGACCAGUACUCCAACUUCACCGUUCCCGGAUCUGAUGAUAAGCCUCUGCACGUCAACGGUCGUCUCACUCUUGGUGAGAACAUCGCUGAUGCGGGAGGUCUCUCGGCGUCGUUCCAGGCUUGGAAGCGUCGCUCAGCUGAGACACCCAACCAGAACCUUCCUGGCCUGGACCACUUCUCUCAAGAGCAAAUGUUCUUCGUCAGCUACAGCAACUGGUGGUGUGGCAAGACCCGUAAGGAUACCGCCAUCAACCGCAUAUACACCGAUCCGCAUGCACCUAAGUGGGCGCGUAUCCUGGGUACCAUGGCAAACUCCAGGGAAUUCAGGGAGAGUUUCCAGUGCAAGGUCAAGGAGCCCACAUGCCAGCUUUGGUAG